AUGAGAAGAAGAUUUUCAGUGAGCCAAGUUCUGGAUAAUAUUUUUGGUGAAAAUGAGGGAGAGGACACAGAGCAGCAUAGUGAUUUGGAUGAGCAGGUUUCUGAGGAGGAAGACAAUGUGGAGUAUCAUCCAGAAGACACAGACACAUCUGAUGAGUCUGAUGAGGAGGUCACCGGUGAAGCUGCUCCCGCUGAAAGAUUCAAGUCCAAAAAUGGUAAGAUCUGUUGGAGCUCAGUACCUCCUGAUGAACAUGGCAGGGCAGCUGCUGCAAAUGUCCUCAAAAUGACCCCUGGAAUCACAAGGUUUGCUGUGAUGACAGUCAGCGACAUCAAGACAUGUUUUGAGCUAUUUAUGCCAGUGUCACUAAAAAGAGUCAUCAUUGCUAUGACAAACCUUGAAGGAAAAAAAGUCCAUGGCAGCAUGUGGAAAGACAUUGAUGAGGAAUACCUGGAUGCUUAUAUUGGUGUUCUUCUUCUUGCUGGAGUGUACAGGUCCUGCAAUGAGGCCACUGAUAGUCUGUGGGACGCAUCGACAGGCAGAAAUAUUUUCCGGGCAACAAUGUCACUUCAGACCUUUCAAAUGAUAUCAAGAGUCCUCAGAUUUGACAACAGAGAUACCAGAGCAAGAUCUGACAAGCUUGCCCCCACCAGGGAUGUCUGGGAGAGAUGGGUGCAGCUCCUUCCACUGAUGUUCAACCCAGGGCCAGAGGUGACAGUGGAUGAACGUCUUGUCCCUUUCCGAGGAAAAUGCCCCUUCCGGCAAUACAUACCCAGUAAGCCAGGGAAGUACGGCAUAAAAAUCUGGGCAGCCUGUGAUGCAAAAACCAGCUAUGCCUGGAAUCUACAGAUUUACACAGGCAAAGCUGCGAGUGGCAUCCUUGAGAAAAACCAAGGAAAACGUGUGGUCCUCGAUAUGACUACUGGACUGCAGGGUCACAAUAUCACUUGUGACAAUUUUUUUACCAGCUAUGACCUUGGACAAGAACUUCUCAGGAGGAAACUUACCAUGGUGGGCACAGUGAAGAAAAAUAAACCUGAGCUGCCUGCUGAAAUCUUGCAGGUGAAGGACAGGGCUGCACUUUCCACAAAGUUUGCUUUUACAGACACCACCACUGUUGUCUCAUAUUGUCCAAAAAAAAAACGGAAUGUGAAACUUAUGUCUACUCUUCACAAAGAUGCAGCUGUGUCAUCAAGAAGUGACAUAAAGCCCACAAUUAUCCUCGACUAUAACAAAAACAAAGGAGGAGUGGACAACCUGGACAAGCUGACUGCCACCUACACUUGCCAGCGAAUGACCAGGAGAAGGCCAAUGGUUGUGUUUUACAACAUCCUUGAUGUGUCUGCAUGUAAUGCAUUUGUGUUGUGGACCCACAUCCACCAAGGAUGGAACUCAACCAAAAAAAACAAGCGGAGAAUGUUUCUUGAGGAGCUGGGAAAUUCCAUUGUCAAGCUACACAUCGAGGGAAGGGAACGGGUGCCCCGAGACCCAGAUGCUGCAACCUUGACCGAAACACCAACUGGAGAGGUGGUACUGCAGUCAGUAGUGGUGGUGGUGGUGGGGGUACUGGUGGAGUUGGGGUUACUGGUGGUGGUGGUAGUGGUGGUGGGGAUACUGGUGGUGGUGGUGGGGGUGUCUCAGAGUGAUCUCUUUACAUGUGAGUGA